AUGACUCCACUUGGUGGUGGAAGCCUUGACCCAGAUCCGGUUGUAAGGCUCAUCAGAAAUGGAAAAAUAGUGAACAGGAUUCUGACCUCAAUUUGUGGGCAAGAAGACCUCAGUAGAAUGGGCGUAAAAGCCGACCUACAAAAUCGGAUCAUUGAGAGACUGUUUCGAUAUGCCACAAAUAAUGAAGUAUUUAAGUUUGAACGCCUCAAAACAAUGAUCGAAAAUCCAAGUGUAAUUCCACAGAAUGGCCGCUACUUACAUGUUAUAUCCACAUGUCCGGUAUCGCUCUCCGCAAAACAUACAGCGAAUAUCUCCUCAACCUCUCGUUCAAUUCUUAAUCCCUUAAAUUUCUAUCGGACAACUUUCAACAAGUCUAUUAGUGGAGAAAGUAGCUAUCAAGCGACAGAAAAUAAUCAAGUCAUACAGUUCAAGUCUAGCCCGUAUUAUUCAAUGGUGGAGCAGCUUGGAGCAACAGUUAUUUGUGAUGUAGUGAUGGCAACACACCGUCAUAUAGCAAAAAUACAGGUCUCUGUUAACCAAUAUCGCAUAUUGGGACAAGUAGCACAAGAACCUAACCUUAGAGUAAUGGUAUUCGGAGCUUCUGAAGGACAGGGUCCUCAGGAUAUAGCAUUUCCUCAUCAAUCAGAGCUUAAGAUAAAUGGAGGAGAGAUAAAAGCUAAUCUACGAGGCCUUAAAAAUAAGCCUGGAUCGACAAGGCCCGUUGAUAUUACAGAUAGUAUCCGGCUAUACCCUCCAGGCUAUGUCAAUAACAUUGAAUUGAACUAUGCUUUGACGAAUAAGAAAUUCUACUUAAUGGCAUUUGUCACAAGGGCAGUCUCUGUCCCAAACCUUGUUAAACAGCUCGCAGAAGGACAAAAAAUAACCGAGAAAACCGUUGUGGCUGAAAUGGUUAGCAAGUCUCGAGACACCGAUAUCAUAGCAACAGCUUCAGUUUUGUCCCUUAAGUGUCCACUCUCGACUUUGAGAAUUGAUCUUCCUUGUCGCUCAAUCUCGUGUCGGCACAAUCAAUGUUUUGAUGCCACGUCCUACCUGCAACUACAGGAGCAGGGCCCAACAUGGUCUUGUCCGAUAUGCAACAACCCUGCCCCGUUUGAUUCACUAGCCGUUGACGAAUAUGUAAAGAAUAUUCUUCAAAAAACAUCUAAAUAUACAGAUCAAGUUACAAUUCAACCUGAUGGGAAGUGGGAGCUCAAUGAUAAAAAAGAUAUGUUGCAGCAAAAUCACAAGACUGAGACCACCUGUAUAGACGAUGAAGUAGUAGAAAUCAUUGGAAUAGGCAAUACAGCUCGCCAUCCUGUACCAGUAGAAGACCAUGAGAUCUCGUCUAUAAGAUCACAACCUUCAUUUGGAGGUAUAUCUAGAGAUAUUAGUUCUGUAACAGGCUUAACCCGGUCCAACAAUUGCAAGCGGCCUCUGGCUGCUGUUAUAGAUUUAACAUCUAGCGCCGACGAAGAUGAGAAGCCAUUCGAAAGACCUCAAAAACGGCAAAAUACCACUAAUACUGGACAUGCUACUUCCCCGCAAGCAUCAUUGCCUAAGGUCAAUCUUUCCGGUCAAGUAUAG